AUGUCCAAGAUUGUAAGAACCUCUAAGUACAGACACGUUUUCGGCACUGAGCCGAAAUUUGACUUGCAGUAUGCAGGGACCAAGAUGACCCGGUCUGCCUGGGAUUCAAACAUGGUCAGUUGCGGUGUGAAACAUUUCUCUAUGGUCUGGGACGUAGCUGGUGGAGGAGCUUUUGCUACAAUUCCAUAUGACAGACAUGGAAAACAAACUGAAGUCUGCUUGGCUUCUGGACACAAGGGCACUGUCUUGGAUAUUGAUUACAACCCAUUCAAUGAUGACUUGGUUGCUUCUGUUUCUGAGGAUUGUAACGUCUACAUCUGGUCGAUUCCUGAAGGAUGCCCACAAGGCAAUUUGACUGAUCCAGCCCAACUUAUCAAAGGCCACAAACGUAAAGUCGGCACUUGUAAUUUCAACCCAUGUGCUAGCAAUGUAUUGGCCACUUCCUCUGCUGAUGCCACUUUGAAGUUGUGGGAUAUUGAACAAGGUGAAGAAAUGUUCAAUAUUGGAGGAUUCACUGAUAUCGUGAACUCCGUCUGCUGGAACAAAAACGGAUCACAACUCGUCUCGACUUGCAAGGACAAGAAGAUGAGAAUCAUUGACCCAAGACAACAAACUAUGGUUGCUGAUGUUAUUGCUCACCAAGGCUCGAAAGGUAUGAGAUGUUUGUGGAUGACCAACUUCGACAUGAUCUUGACCACUGGGUUCUCUAGAAACGCUGAAAGAGAAAUGGCAUUCUGGGAUGAAAGAAACCUCGAGAAGCCAGUCGCUCAUCAAACCGUAGAUAACCAAUCCGGUAUCUUAAUGCCAUUCUUCGAUGCCGAUUCAUCCAUUCUCUACAUCGGAGGUAAAGGUGACGGAACCAUUUCUUACUACGAAGUCGUCAAUGAGAAGCCUUACUUCUACUUGUUGAACGUUUUCAGAGGUGAAAAGCCACAAUCAGGUUUGAACAUCAUCCCAAAGAGAGUCUGCAAUUCCACAAUCUGCGAGACUACUAGAUUCAUGAAAGUCACUAGAGAUGCUGUUAUCCCAGUCUCUUUCUGCGUCCCAAGAAAAUCCGAACUCUUCCAAGACGAUAUCUUCCCAAAUACUUAUGCCGGUAACCCAGUCGAAACCGCCGCUGAUGGAAGAAGUACUACUAAUGAACCAGACUGCAGCUUCACUCGCCCAGCUAUGUCGCUCCAGAAAACAGCAGCUUCAU